AUGCCGAAGCUUUCUGCCGCCGCGUCUGCAUUACUCGAAGACGCCAGCUCGCUGUCGCCUGAAUCAGCAGGCUUUCCAUCGGCAGGACGACGCCGAUCCGGAGACUUUCUCACGAGCUUCAAGGAUACAGAAACGCCAGUGUGGUUCAAGGACCCGGAUAAGUUCUCCCCUUGGACGUGGCGGAAGCAGCACAACUACUUCCUCGAUCGCGGUGCGAAGUUUAUGAUGGUGUACAAAACGCCAACCAUCGUGAGCACCGACUUGUUUGACUUGGAGAAGUACGGAUGCUUUCAAGUUCGUGGAUUCCAGGACACUGAAGGCAUCACCAGCUACGUUUCCCACGUUGUCAGAAGUGCAGUCGGCAUGCAGAAGGAGCACAUAAAGAAAUGGUGGAUACAUCCGCGAAUAGAGUUCAAUUCGCCGGUGUCACGAAUUGGCGUGCGUCUCCAGGACUUGACCACAGGUGAAUUGAGGUGGGAUGCGAUGUACGACCUGGGCAAGGCCGCCUGGAAAUCGCGGGAAGCGACGGAGGAAUCGACAUGCCCAGAAGACGGGUGGCAUUUGUGCGAGGAUGAGGAACCGGUCGGCGGUGAACAUCCCUUCUUCGCGCCGGAUUGGUGCCCGGGUCCGAAUGACGGCAUGUCCCACAAGUAUCUUCUCACAGUGAGCAACCUGAGCUCGCGUGAUUCGCCUGAGCAGCCCUUGGUCGGGGAGAUGCUCUUCACGCAGUACGGGGUCAACCAGCUGGACAACACGUACUCCUUCGAAAUGCAUGCCCCCCUGUCUCUCACGGACCAAGCCUACUUCACUGCGGUCAAAGGAGCGAGAGAAGCUGCCGCCACGGCCAGGAUGACGGGUCGAGUGGGCGGACCUGAGGGACUGGCCACGCAAGUGGACCGUGGAAAGGUCCCUCACGAGAUGGACAAGCUGAAAGAGCUGCAGAAAUUGGAGCCACCCAAAGAUGUGACAAGUGCCCCGGAAAUGGCGAAGAGCAAGCUGGACAAAAGCCCGUACAGCAAGAUGCUGGAUAACAAGGACUUCGCCAAGACUUUAGCUUGA